AAUGUGGAAAAUGAGCUGUAGCCUUUUUUCUUUCAGGGUUUCGGGCUGAUUGAUGGUGUGUGUGUGUGUGUGUGAAUGCGCGCGCACGCACGCGCAUGUGUGUGUGUGAGUGUGUGUAAGUGUGAGAGGGAGAGAGAGAGAGAGAGAGAGAGAAGUGUCUGAUAUUACAGGCAGGGAGCGACUUGGUUAUUCCGUCCUCCGCAUUUUGGACUUGUGUUUUUCAACUAAAAAUAAUGUCCGCCAAUAAAGUGAAGAAAGUGAAAAUGGCUACUAAAUCGUGUCCGGAAUGUGACCAACAGAUCCCUGUGGCCUGUAAGUCGUGCCCUUGUGGUUAUGUCUUCAUCAGCCGAAAGCUGCUCAGAGAGCCGCCUGCUAUAGACAAAUCGGAUGCGAAGAGAAGACGACCAGAAAGAAUUAGAAGGGAGAAGAUCAAUUUAACGUCCACCAAUGAUAUGGAGAACAGGAGGCGGUCCCGUUCCAACAGCCAAUCAGAUACCAUCCGGAGAGGGCGGGGCAGGCCGAAGACUGUCAGCUUGAAGAAGCAGGAGGAGGAGAAAGAAAAACAGGAGCGGGAGGUUGAUAUUUACGCCAACCUGUCAGACGAGAAGGCUUUCGUCUUCUCCGUGGCCUUAGCCGAGAUUAACCGUAAGAUCUUGGGCCAGAGACUGAUCCUGUGAGGGGGCGGAGCUACACAUGAUUGCCAGGUGAAAGUUCAGGACUCGUAUUGCAUGACCCUCGGGGUGACGUGUGUAUCCUGGAGGAAGGCGUGAAGUUGGGACUGAUGAGCGUUUCGCUCAGGCGGCUGAUGGUUUGUGGAGUUGCACGAGGAUGAGGGGACGGUGACCGUGGCGAUUCUUUAAAUAUUGUAAACAUGGACAUGUAGGAAUCUUCUCUAUUUAUGUUUAAACAGAUUUUAUGGAAUGUAUUAAAAAAGGAGUGUUCUUUUUUCAUUUAUCCAAGUUGUGAUUUAUCAUGAUGCGCACAUUCUCAUUCCUGUCUCUCCUUUUUUUUUUAGCCAUUUUGAAAAAAAAGGGGUUUUAGUCAUGAUGGGGAAAAAAAGGUAUUAAAGGAGUAGGAUAAUGAGGCCACACAUGAUAUUUACACAUUUCAACCAGUUAAGACUUGAGAUGUGAUAAGUGUCUGAAGUUUGCUGCUCGUGCUUCGGCUUGAUGCAGCUGACAGUGAAGGGAAGCUUACAGCUACCAGUUUAUCAUUGCCUUUUUUUUACAUAACCAUGACCGAAUACAUCCAUAUGAAGUAUAUAUAUUUAAAAUAAACAAAAAACAAAUUUGAACUAUAUUAUUCUCAGCUGUCAAUCUUUAGGCCACACCCCCUGCAUGAGUCUAAUUAAAGGAAGUAAUUUGGGUUUGAAACAGAGCUGUAAAGGUUUUUAGCUCUGCCCCUUCCUUUUGUUUAAUUUUUCUAAAGAAGUGUCAGUCAGUAUGAGAAACCACAUCAAGUCUGAUGAUUGAGACAUGCAGUUGCACAACUGCUAAACUGGAGGCUAUGUGUUUUCCUAAUGUUAGCUAUAUUUAGCCAGUGCAAAGUUAAAGAAACAAAUUUCACACACCAAACGUCUCAGCUAUUAGUAUUUUUUUCCCUCCUGAGCUUUCACUUUAACUAUGAAAUGCAACCAAUGUGAAAGAUUGAGAUUGCUAUAAAGGCCCUGUUUAAUGAGCAUUUCUGCUAAUUUGGUUAUGAGUGCUCAGCAUGUCCCACUGGAGACAAGUGUGAACUUGAUUGGAGAUCCUCCAGAGAUCUGCUUCUGUGUGUUCUCAUUUUAUUUUAUUCCAUGAAGCCAGAAUAUAGAACCUGGUGGAAAUCAUGAACAGCAUUUAUAUUUUGGGAUAUAACAUGAGAUUGAGAUUGGAUUUUAGUGUUGGGCAUGGAGUCCCAGAAGGUAACAACCAAAGAAUGAAGCCUCAGGCUGGAUGGAGGAAGCCCCUGCUUAGGCAGAACAAGCCCCACACCAGGCAGACAGAACCCCUGCUUAGGUGGAGGAAGCCCCAGACCGGAUGGAUGGAGUUUUAGUUCAUCUUUCCUACUUUCUUUCACACUUGUGCCCAGCGUCAGGUUUGCUCUGCGUGUCGAUCACUCGUUCAUUAUAAAUGUUAAUUUAAGGCGUAAACAGGGCCUGAGUGCAGGUGUUCUUCAUCCAAGUCACAGAUCUACACCUUUCCAAAGAGUGCUCCGUUUAUCAGAUGGCUGAUGCUGUGUGUCUUCUCACACUGAGCUUGUUGUAAGCUGAUCAACUACUUGUUUUUAUUUAUUUCCAUGUCCCAGUGAGCCAUUCUGCUUUGUAAAUGCAAUUGAGCAAAAAGAGGGCGGGAACUCUGAAGUUAAUACUGGGGAACUUUGUUUUCUUUAUUUAUUGUUGCUUUUCCAUUCUAAUUUAAGUUCAUCCUCUAUUUUAUGCCCUUUUUUUAUUAACGUUUAUGUCACAAAUGGUUAAAGUGUACAUGUGUAAUAAUCAUGACUAUAUUAAACAUCAGAGGGUAAGCAUUCUU